UCAUUGUCAUUGUCGAGUGUUUGUCGGUGUCUGGUGUUGUGUAUGUUCGUGAUUCGAAAACUGUAAUAAGUUCGUUUCCUUUUCUAACAGCAAUUAUUCUGCAAUUAAUUAUUGUAGUACUCUUUUCAUUGAGUAAUCUUUCCUUGAUAUUUGAAACAGUAUCAAAAAUGGAAGACAAAAACGUUGAGUUUAUACCAAAAAAUUUUCCAGAACUAAAAAAUGAUCGUCUGCUUCGUGCCGCUCUCGGAAAAGAAGUUGAUAAGGUUCCGGUAUGGGUAAUGCGGCAGGCCGGCAGAUAUCUUCCAGAAUUUCAAGAAGUGAGGGCAAAGCAUGAUUUCUUUACGGUGUGUAGAACACCCGAAUUGGCUUGCGAGGUAACCUUGCAGCCAUUGAGAAGAUAUCCACACUUGGAUGCUUCAAUUAUAUUCAGUGACAUUCUUGUUAUUCCACAAGCACUAGGAAUGAUAGUAGAAAUGCACCCGGGUGUUGGCCCUGUAUUUCCUAGUCCACUUCAAGAUCCCUCAGAAAUUGAUAACUUAAAAGAAGAAGGUGCCGUCGAUCGACUACUAUAUGUUGGUAAAGCCAUUACAUUAACUAGGCACAGGAUUGACGGCAAAGUACCUCUGAUUGGUUUCACUGGAGCUCCAUUCACACUAAUGGGGUACAUGAUUGAAGGUGGUGGAAGCAAGACAAUGUCUAAGACUAAGGAAUGGUUAGAAAAAUACCCAAAGGAUGUUCACAAACUGCUCAGUCUACUUACUAGAGUUAUUAUUGACUAUUUAAUUAUGCAGGUGGAGAGUGGAGCUCAAUUACUGCAAGUAUUUGAAUCAAGUGCUGAUCAUCUAAAUAGAGAGCAGUUCACUGAGUUUUCUGCACCUUAUUUAAAAGAUAUUAGAAGUGGUGUCAAAAAUAAGAUCUCGGAGAAAAAUCUGGAGCAAGUUCCUAUGACUGUAUUUGCUAAAGGUGGUGGACCAUACCUUGAUGUUCAGACUGGAUUAGGAUAUGAGACUGUUGGUUUAGACUGGACAGUAGACCCAGAAGAAGCAAGAAAGAUUGUUGGUGAUAAUAUCACUCUACAAGGCAAUCUUGAUCCACAGGAUUUGUAUAAGACUCCAGAGGAAAUCACUAAAAUGACAAUAGAGAUGGUCCAAAAGUUUGGUAAAAAACGAUACAUUGCCAAUUUGGGACAUGGGAUCACACCACAAACACCUUUGGAAAGUAUGAAAGCAUUCACAGAAGCAGUUCAUGAAGCUUUGUAAAUAUUUUGUUAAGAUUUUAUGCUUUAUAUAUUCCAUCUUUGUUGUCUGUUGUUUUUUAAAUAUAUAAUUUUUAUGUCUGUUGUGGAAUAAACUGGGAUAGGGAUGUAGGUAUUGUAAUGGAACUAUAA